AUGCGCCCUUCUUCGACCUUUUCCCGGUCGCUUUCAGUUAACUCCGAGCGCCGCAAUUCUCGCAGGCCAUCACCCCGCUCUGUUGCCUCUCCUAUCGACCCCGAACCCGCUCCCGACCCCCAAGCCCCCGCGAUCACAGAAGAGAUCAGUGAGAUCAAGCGGUAUGAAGACUUCACCACUAUAGACUGGGUCCAAGAUGCCGUCUAUGAACAAUCGCGGCGGCGCGCUAAGCGGCGCAGCGGGACGGGGUUCUGGGAUCAGGAAGGCAUCCUUGGCUGGAGGCGGAAAGUGUACGAAUCAUAUGAUGCAGGCCAGGCGUGGCUUGUCGUUACACUUGUUGGCAUGGCCAUUGGAUUGAAUUCGGCUGUACUCAAUAUUAUUACCGAAUGGCUUUCUGAUAUCAAGUUGGGCCAUUGUACUACUGCAUUCUAUUUGAAUGAGCAGUUCUGCUGCUGGGGCGCCGAGAAUGGCUGCCCCGAAUGGAAGCAUUGGACUUCAUUCUGGCUGUUCAACUAUGUCAUCUAUUUCUUUGGCGCGUUAAUGCUUUCAUCCAUUGCCGCGGUUCUGGUCAAGUCUUUUGCACCCUAUGCGGCUGGGUCUGGUAUCUCAGAGAUCAAAUGCAUUAUUGCUGGCUUUGUUAUGAAGGGCUUCCUGGGUGCCUGGACUCUCCUGAUCAAGUCCAUUGCACUACCACUAGCUAUCGCGUCGGGUCUUUCUGUGGGAAAGGAAGGACCCAGUGUACACUUUGCCGUGUGUACAGGAAACGUGAUCUCGCGCUUCUUUGGUAAAUAUAAACAGAAUGCUUCGAAGACAAGAGAGAUCUUGACUGCCUCAGCGGCAGCUGGUGUCGCUGUUGCUUUUGGAAGUCCCAUUGGAGGCGUGCUGUUCUCACUGGAGGAAAUGGCCAACUACUUCCCCCUCAAGACUCUCUGGCGUAGUUACUUUUGUGCUUUGGUAGCCACCAGUGUGCUGGCGGCUGUCAACCCAUUUAGAACCGGUCAAUUGGUCAUGUUCCAAGUUGAGUAUGAUCGAACUUGGCAUUUCUUUGAAUUGAUCUUCUUCGUGGGCCUUGGAGUCUUUGGUGGACUUUAUGGUGCAUUCGUGAUGAAAUGGAACCUUCGCAUGGCUGCCUUCCGCAAGAAAUACCUGUCCCAGUGGCCUAUCACCGAGUCAGUUGUUCUUGCUGGACUCACUGCAGUGCUGUGCUACCCCAAUAUGUUCCUCAAGAUCAACAUGACCGAAAUGAUGGAGAUCUUGUUCCGCGAAUGUGAAGGUGGUCAUGACUAUGAUGGACUUUGCGAAGCCAAAAACCGAUGGCCGAUGGUCUUAUCUCUAGCCUUUGCAACUGUUCUUCGCACGGGCUUGGUGAUCAUUUCCUAUGGCUGCAAAGUGCCAGCUGGUAUUUUCGUGCCUUCAAUGGCUGUCGGAGCAUCUUUUGGUCGCAUGGUGGGAAUCAUGGUGCAGGCACUACAUGAAUCGUUCCCCAAAUCUGCAUUCUUCGCCUCUUGUAAUCCAGACGUACCUUGCAUCACACCGGGAACAUACGCGUUCCUGGGCGCAGGUGCAGCCCUCAGUGGGAUCAUGCAUCUGACCAUCUCCGUGACGGUCAUUAUGUUCGAGCUGACUGGUGCGCUGACAUACAUUCUGCCAACCAUGAUCGUGGUAGGAGUAACCAAAGCCGUCGGUGAUCGAUUCGGCAGCGGCGGUAUUGCCGACAGAAUGAUCUGGUUCAACGGCUUCCCUUUCCUAGACAACAAAGAAGAGCACGUCUUCAACGUGCCCGUCUCUCACGCAAUGACCACAGACCCGCUCUCCCUGCCGGCAUCAGACUUCCCAGUGCGUGAAGCAGAACAUCUCCUCAACGAUAACAAGUUCCAAGGCUUCCCCGUCGUGGAAGAUCGCACCAGCAAAACCCUAGUUGGAUACAUCGGACGUACCGAGCUCCGAUACGCCAUCGACCGUGCCCGUAACGAGGGCAUGGUAGCACCAAACGCACGCUGCGUUUUCACAAAGGAAGCAGCCGAAGCCGCAGUUGCACGGAGAGCAUCUGUCCCCCAGCACGCACGGUCAUUAGAGACAUUUGAUGCAAUCCAGCGCAGCGCAGGAGCCGCCUUCGUCGACUUUUCGCGGUAUGUUGAUCACACACCGUUGACCGUACACCCGCGCCACCCCCUCGAGACAGUCAUGGAAAUCUUCAAGAAGAUGGGACCGCGAGUCAUCCUGGUCGAACACCGUGGCCGCCUUACCGGCCUAGUCACCGUGAAAGACUGUCUGAAGUACCAGUUCAAGGUGGAAGCCGAAGAACAUACCCUCGCAGCAACAAGCUCAUCGGAAUUCUCCGGGCUCGGUGGGCACUUGAACAGCCCUGCACAUGAAACGCUGGAAGAGCGCCUGUGGCGACUUAUCCAGACAGUCGCUGGUUUCGUAUCUGGCUCUCGCCGGCCGGUCCGGCUGCGUGAUCGGAAUCCGCCUAGGCAGUCUGAGCCAUCCGGCAUCUUGGAUGGUACCGAAGAUGAUGCCGUGGUCGAGUUGGAGGACAGAGAGGAUCGACCGAUGAUCUGA